UUAUGUUUCACCAUUGAACGGCAUUCUAUCACGGCUGUACAUCAUUCCACAUUUGCCGUUUCUUUUCGCCUCUGUAAACCAUCGUAAGCUGUGUGCUUGUCGUUGUCGUCGUUCUCGUCGUCGUCGUCGUCGCUGUUGCGGUAAUCGGUGUAGUUUGUGUGGUGUGUAUAGCGACACAAAAUUCGUAGUUCGUGCAUUUCGAACUUGAGUUGCGCUUGGGCCAUAAGGAAAAAAUGCUGCUUGACAAACAGUCCGCCAUAUUUAUUAAAAUCCAAUAGUACAUAAUUCGUGGUUUAAUCAGGCAGCAAUUACAGUCCGUAAAUUUUGUUUUUUUAAGUUUAUGUCGUUUGACACGUUUUAUUAAGAAAAACAAAGACGAGUUUCAGUUUUCUUCGGUUUUAAUUUUUGUUUUUUAACAAAUCCGCAACGAACUCGAGCGACCGAGAGCAAAAGAAGAGGAAAAAAAAGGAGCAAACAGUUGAAGAGCAAGCAGUUCUAACCACAAAUCGACAUCGUUCAGUUCAUUUUUUUUCCUUUAUAGUGUGUUGAACAAGCCAAGAGAACACUCGGGAAAAUAAAGGCUUUUUUUUUGUUGUAUAUUCACACAAUUUUGAACACGCUGCAUCUACAUUUUUUGUGCAAAGAGAAGUUACAUCGCUGAACAUCGAUUUGAAACUCAAUUAACGAGUGCGACUUGAACUAAAAGAAUAGAAAAAAAGGCUAAGAGCUAACCGAGAAAAAAAAAACAGUUUAACUUUUCAUACAGAAUAAGAAAAAAAAGCAAAUAUGUCAGAGGCAGUGGAUAUUGACCCUAUAAUUUCAAAAUUAUUGGAAGUACGUGGCGCACGACCUGGAAAAAAUGUUCAGCUUAGUGAGGUAGACAUCCGAAAUCUAUGCCUUAAGUCACGUGAAAUAUUUCUGUCACAGCCAAUUCUGUUAGAAUUGGAAGCUCCGCUGAAAAUAUGUGGUGACAUUCACGGACAGUAUUACGAUUUGCUGCGUCUAUUCGAAUACGGUUGCUUUCCGCCACAAUCAAAUUACCUAUUUUUAGGCGAUUACGUUGAUCGUGGAAAACAAUCACUUGAGACAAUAUGCCUGUUAUUGGCAUACAAAAUAAAAUUCCCGGAAAAUUUCUUCUUGUUACGGGGGAAUCAUGAAUGCGCUAGCAUUAACAGAAUUUACGGAUUUUAUGAUGAGUGCAAACGUCGCUACACUAUAAAGCUAUGGAAGACGUUUACAGACUGUUUUAACUGUUUGCCAGUUGCUGCUAUUGUUGAUGAGAAAAUCUUCACGUGUCACGGUGGACUCAGUCCUGAUCUUGCUUCAAUGGAACAAAUUCGUCGAAUCAUGCGACCAACAGAUGUACCAGACCAGGGUUUGUUGUGCGAUUUAUUGUGGUCCGAUCCAGACAAAGACACGAUGGGAUGGGGUGAAAAUGAUCGUGGCGUUAGUUUUACAUUUGGUGCAGAGGUUGUAAAUAAAUUCCUUCAGAAAAACGAUUUCGAUUUGAUAUGCCGAGCUCAUCAAGUUGUAGAAGAUGGAUAUGAAUUCUUUGCCAAGCGACAACUGGUAACGUUGUUCUCAGCUCCAAAUUACUGUGGUGAAUUCGACAAUGCAGGAGCCAUGAUGUCCGUAGACGACUCAUUGAUGUGCUCGUUCCAAAUUUUGAAGCCUGCCGACAAACGUAGGUAUGUGUAUGGAGCCAACUACACUGGAAGACCUAUUACCCCACCUCGUGGCGCUAAUAAUAAAAACAAAAAGAAAUAAACAAAACAGAAAAAAAAAUAUUAAUACAUUUACAAAUACACGAAACAGUUCUAUUUUACACUUACAAAGAUCAUAAAAUAUUUAAACAACAAAAAACAGAAAACAAACCGAAAAAACACACACACUCACUCACUCACUCGAUUUAAAACCAGAGAAAAGGAACAUUCAACAAAAAAAAAGAAAUGAGAAAGAGAGAGAAUUAUAAAAGAAAUGCAUAAAACACACUCUCGCUCGUAUCGUUGUUGUUAAAAUCUUUACUAAAACAAACAGAAAGAAAGAGAUAAAGUAACUAAAGAACUGAUAGCCGUCUAUCAUGCCAAUUUGUGUUUUUUCUUCUUUUAAUUUUUUCGUUGUUUUCAAAUCCUCAAGAUCAAAAGAAAAAAACACAACAAAUCCCCAUCCGUGUGCUCACUUGCGAAAUAUGUGUGCCAGUAUAUAUACCUUCAAUAAUCUCAAAAUCUCAUCCAUCGUUAAAAUGCCAUAAAAAACGAAUACACACAAGCACACCUAAUAACACACUACCAUUGAAAAGAAAACGAAAACAAACAAUACGAAUCUUAAACACAGAAUUGAUCUGGAUACACAUGCAGAAAAACGGUCCGCUUUUUUUCAAACGGGCUUUAAUUGUUGUUCAACUAUUUUUUUCUAAUCGAAUAAAGUUUUUUUAAUUGUUUCAAACUCAAAUUGUUAAUCCCGCUGAAUCAAAUGAAUCGAAUAAAGUUUAGUUGAUUGUUUUUUUUUAAAUAUAAAAUAAAAAGAAAAAAGCAACAGCAAAAAAGCAACAAAUUUAUUUGAGAAUAAAAAAUGCGAAAAAAAAUUAUCGAUGUUUGUUUUCUGCAUUUGUUUUGUGAUGAAGAAAAAAAAAAUUCCAAUUGAAUGGAAGCGCAGCGCUUUGUUUGCUGUUUGUUUUUGUUGCUUUCGAUAAAUAUGAUUCGCUUUCAUUCGUCCAUCGGUACGAUAGUGAUGAUGAUGCGCCGAUUCCGAUUGUGUUCUGAUACGUGCCGAUAUUAUUAUAUCUUAUAGGCACUUAUUAGUGCCUAUUGAAUAGAAUGUCGAUAACCUCUAUGUCAUACGAGUGAAAGAGACAAAGAGAACAAAUCGAUGUUUAUCGACAGCUUCGUCCUUGCAAACUUUCCAAUAUUACAGCGAGAAAGAUGAAAAACAGGCCGAAGACGAAAGAAAAACAAAAAUUUUAUGAAUAUUGAUUCAAUUCGAUUUAAUGCUGGCUACAGCCAGACACCGUUCAUGCAUUAAAAAUGCAUGAAAAGUGGAUAGAAAUGGCAUACAUCGCUCAUUUUCUCUCAGCAAAAUUGUGCACUUGGACACAUAAUUCGAUGUAUACAAAUGCCAUGGCACAUUCGACGCAAUUUCAUUUGAGUUUGUUGCCAUGCAGUUAAAUCGCUCUUUUUUUACUGCUGCUGCUGCUGCUGCUGUGGAAUCCGGCGCAUCUCACAAUUUCUUUUGUUAUUUCCAUUCAUUUUUUUCUUCUACUAACUCAUUACCAAGUAAAUGGCAUUUACAUCCACUCAAAUCAAUUCGCACACACUCUCAUAUCACAAACAAAAGCCGCAAACACUUACGCAAAAAUGUGCGACAACAACAAUAACGAAACAACACACAUACACAUUCCUCUUUUUUUCCAAGUUUGUAUCAUCUUGUGUAUCGUUCGAAUCGGCUGUUUGUACCAAGUGUCUGUUUUGUUCUCUUUCUACCUAGUUUUUUUUUUCAUUUGAAACUCACAUAAAAAUACAGUUGUUUUUGGUUCAUUUUCUUCUUUGUUUGUGGUAAAAUCGGAUCUUUUUGUUCAGACAUUUAAUUGCUUUUGUUGUGUGUUUGUGUAUGGCGAUUUUAAGUUUUAAGAUAUUUAACCAUAUUCGGUUCAUAUGUUAUUUGUUUCCCCCCGCCGGUUGUUGUUCGAUUUACGUUUUUUUUUCAUUUUGAUUUCGGCGAAAUUUGUGCGAAACGCCAAGGUAAUCCGUUAUUUUGUUGUUAGACAUAUAUAUCUAUGUUUCUUCUUCUACUUUUGAAUUUUGUUUUUUUUUAUCCUCCUUGUAUUGCCCAUAUAUAUUUCUUCUAUUUUACUUCGGAAAUAGAUCACUAUGAAGUCACAUCUCUGUCAAGUCUUCACACAAUUUACAAAAUGAGCACACUUUUCGCGCCGAGAAAUUUUUGCACCCAUCUAUGGUGAUAGACGAUUUGAAACGCGAAUUACCAAUAUUUCUCAUUUUUGUCUCGUCAGUGCAUUUCUGCAUCGAUUCAUCGACGCACACAUACACACAUUUCGCACACUCACACACAAAUUUUUAUGGACUUUGGUUACGGCUAUUUAUUUAAAUUUAGAAAUUUUAUAAUAACGACGAAAAAAGCAUAAACAAACACCGAUGAUCGGCCCGAUGCAAAUUGUCAAAAAUGCAACGAAAAACGGUUUUUUGUUGGAUUAAAUUUUUUCUGGCUUUUUACAAAACAAACGAAAAUUUAUACACGCGUCGUACCUUUUUUUCUGGUUGUUGUUACUGUAUGCAUUCUGUACAAAUCUAUUUUUGAUUUAAAAAAAAUUUCGGAUCAGUCUUUUUUUGUUCAAUCUCGUUUUUUUUAAAAUCACAAUCCUUGUUUAAAUGUUGAAUUUUAGAACAGUACAAAUGGCCUCAGAGCUGAAACAGUCAGCCUGACUGUAAUUUUUGUUUCCAAUAUUUUUAUUCUAGUUUGAGUAGUGUUUUUGUUUAUCUUAGUUGUUUUUUUCUUCUUUCGUUUGAAAAUGGUAGUUUGAAAUGUUAUCGUAGAAAUUUCUCGUGUUUUUUUUUCUCAUUGCAUUUGCGCACAAAGCAAAAUACCAAAGAUCAAUCGAACUCAUUUCAGUAGCUCAUUCUUGCCAUGCAGGCCGCUCUUCAGCCGCAUUCAUUUGAAAAUCAUUUAUAAUUUCUUUCUAUUUUCUUCGUUCAUCGUUCGAUGAAUCAUCAAUUAGUCAAAAAUAAUCGAUUUUUUUCUACCCAGUAACGAGAAUUUUCAACGAUAAUUGCUUUUAUUUCAAUCCCAAAACAAGCACAUUCCAAUCGAAUUUUCCUUUUUUUUAAACACUCAGAAUGCAAUAGCAACAAUAACCAAAAGAAAAAAACAUAAUCUAUUUGUUUAGCGUCUGUUUUCUUCUUUAACUUAAAACAUCCACUUUUCCUAUCUAGUUUAUUUGUUUAUUUUGUUUUUCUCUUUAAAAAACACACACACAUACAAUAUAUUUUUUUAUAUAUUAAAUCAAAAUUAAAAACAAAUAAAUAUUUUUUCUCUAUAUGUAUAUUAUCAUAAUCAUUAAUUGCUUUCCAUUUGAUUUCAUUUAGAUUGACAAUGAAUAAAAGAAAAUAAACAAAUCAAUCCCCCCCACGCGGUUCAAAUGAAUUUCCAUAACGCACAACACACAAACAUGGCAGCAAUAACUAUAUCCAAUAAAUGAAACAAACAAAACAAAUAGAAAUGAAACAAAGAUUUAAAAAAUCCAAUGCAAAAUCAUUGUAAUCGCAUAAUUGAGAAAAAGAAAUACCCACAACAACAACAACAACAACAGCAACCACAGCAAAUUUGAAAAAAAAAACUAAAUUCACACUUACACACACAAACACCCAAGAAAAGAAAGAAAAAAAAAACCAAGCGUAAUUCGUAUGUGUCGAAUUCAAUCAGGCAAAAAUAAAAGCAGAAAGCAAACAAAGUGAAUUGUCGAAUGAAUGAGAGAAAGUGAAGCAAAGAACCAACCAAGAUGAUGAGAAAAGAACACUGUAAGCUAAAUAAGAACAAAGCAUUUGAACACUAUGUUUCACAUUAGAAAGCAAAAAAAGUAGAAAAAGAAAAUAACGAAGAACAUUGUACUAGAGACACAGACAUAUACACAGUCAAUGAGAUCGGCUGAACCGAGACACAAGGAUCCGAAUGGUGAAACUAUUGCUAUUAGCUGAAACUAAUUUAUGGAAAAUCAUUUCAGAAGAUGAAACAACAACAACAUUGUAACAAAGAUACAAACAAAACAAAAACAACAAAUAUUAAAUACUAUAAUUAAUCUAACAUUGAUGAACGAUAUUUAUUUGAAAAUAAACUAAUGAAGAAAAAAAACAAUUGAAAUGUUGUAGUAACAAUUGUAAUAGAUGCAAACAACAACAUCAGCAAAAAUUAGAGUUCAGCAAAAAUGGCAAUUGUUGUGGACACAUUCAUAAAUAAUAGAAGAAGCAUCCAACCAAUCCUAACAGUCAUUUGUUCCAUAAAAAUAAACAUUUUUUUUUCUUAUUUUCUUUUGCCAAUGUUUUUUUCUCUAAAAAAAUCAUUUCUUCACAUUUCGAAACAAAAAUAAAUCGCUUGAAAUAAUUUUGUUCAUGAAUUCAAAUAAACAAUAAGAAAUCAAUCGUGUCCGUUUUAUUCAGUUUGCAUUGACGCAUUACAACACAAAUAACAUGUAAAACCACUUAAAUAGCAGCAACAACACUCACACAGAGAGACAACAGCAACAUGGAAAUUUAAAUUGAAUGGAAUAACAACAACAACAACAACAAAUGAAACAAAUCCAAUUAAUGGCGAAGAAAAAAACAAAUUAUUACGAGAAAAAAAAGUUAAAACUAAUUCAACAAUAAAAAAAAAAAUAUUAUAUUAUGGAAUAAUUAAUUAUGUAAUUCUAUGUAUUAGACGAAGGAUGGACAAGUAGGAGAUGAGAUAAAUAAUAAAUGAGCAAAUAAAAUAGGUUUAAAUGAAAAACUGAAUGAAACUAAUAAAUGUGUAGUUCACAUGGCAUUCAUUGACACGUUAAGUAAUAACAACAAAGUGAAAAAACGAAGAAGAAUUAUCGGGAUCAGCACGAGCGCAUGCAUCAAAGCGAUUAUUGGCGCGCGGCUUUUUUCCCCUUUCAAAAUGAAACCAAAACGAACCAAAACAUCCAAGAUAUCCCGUCGUCAUAUAAUAUAUCAUUUUCGCCACACUAAUCAAUUUUUCCGAUCGUUAGACAGUUCACAUGACCACGACGAAUUUCGUAACACAAACACUUCAAUCGGGGUUUUCACAAUCAGAGCAAGUGUAUCCAAGGAAUGGCCGUUUUUAUUUUCUUGACACAAAGCGAUAACGAAUGAAAUUUGAAUGAAAAAAUCGAUUCAAUGAAAUGGAAAAACCGCAGAAAACUCUAUUUAAAAGCAACAGAGUUCUGUUUUCAAAAGAAUAAACACUAAAAACAACAAUUUAGCCGAUAAUCAAUUCAAAAUAGUACAUAGAUUAUGAGAAUAUGAUGGGCAUAUUCUUCAUGUUGUCGUUUAUUUUGACAAAAUUGCAAAUUAUUACUUGGCAACAACAACAACAACAACAAAAUAUACGUCUCAUUCGUAAUGACUACUUAAUAUCUCUGAAUCAAUAUGCAAACACACAGAACAACAACAACAAAAAGAUAAACUCAUGAAUUUACAACUACAAAAUUAGUUUGAAAAACAACUGCAUAAGAACUAUAGCACCAUCCAUAUACCAACAAGUAAUUCACCUCUCAUUACCAAAACAAUGAUGAUGAUUCAAUGCUUCGGAGAAUUUGAGAAGUAGAAAAAUAAAAAUUCGAACCAUAAAUUUUAUGAUUGUUUUGUUGUUCAGUGAACAAUGUUCACUAUUCACUUCUCAUGAGAGAUACAAAUUAUUUAUUCUUGUUUGGAUUUAAAUUAUAAAUUAAAUGAAGGAAAAAAAUUCACAAAAUCACACACACAUCCAUAACUACAAAAUACAGGCUCAUAGGAUAAUAAUUACAGUAAACAUUUAUGCAAAAGAAGAAACAAAAUUUAUGGCAUGGUGUGUACAUGAAAUUGUCAUAUCGUUUUAUUCUGCACAUUUACAACCUGUUGAGACGCGACAGUUUUUUCAGUCGAACUCUCUAUCUUUCGGUUUCGUUUGUUUUUCAUAAUUGUUUUUUUCUUUUCGUUUCCUCCUUAAUUUUUUAACAACAACAACAAAAACAUACGAUCGGAGUGUAUCCGCUUCGCACCAUUCUUCUAUUUCUUUUCUUAGAAUUAUUUAUAAUUUCCCUCCCGUUGACGCGUUCAUUAUAAACAGACGAGAGAGAAAUAAAAAAAUCCAUCAAAAUGAAAAUCUAGUUCGAUUAUUUGUAUGAACUUAGGAAAAUGAUGCAAAUAUUCUUCUUUUAAAUAAAAAUAAAACGAGCGAAAUAAAACUAAACAAAAAAUGGAUUUUUUAAAAACACAAUCAUUAUUAGCAUAAUCAAACACUUUUUAUUUAGUUCAUGUUUAAUUUUAUUUUAAUUUUUACAACAAGAAGAUGAUGAUGAAAUAGAAAAAAUGAGAACUACAAAUUGUACGAUCGACACAUGUGUAAAUUGUAUUCAUGUAGAGACAACAAAAAAGAAACGGAAAAUGUGCGCGAAAUUGAAAGAAAUAAAAAACACAUUGAAAGAACAACCAA